GGAUAGCAGCAGGGUUUGUUGUUGGAAUAGCAAUGGGGGAAAUUUUUGAGCUCACGAGCAAAUUUAGUUCCUAUUCAAUGACACAGUUAAACGAAUUGCUGGAGGAUGAUGAUAAGCUUAAUGAAAUUGUCAAAGAAAUGGACGAGAUGCAGGAGAUGCAGCAGACUAAAGAGAUGACCCUCGCCAGUAACCGCAGUCUCGCAGAGCAGAACCUCAGCCUCCAGCCCAGUUUGGAAGAACAGAAAAUUCAGCUAACCAAGCGCUACUGUUGUUUACAGGAGCUCUAUGAGGCCUACCAGCUCCGCAAAUGCACUCUUGAUCACAACUCAGGGAAAAGCUCACUGGACACACUGUUAGCCCUGCUACAAGCUGAAGGAGCCAAAAUUGAAGAAGAAACGGAGAACAUGGCCGACUGCUUCCUCGAUGGCAAUUUGUCUCUGGACAGCUUCAUCGAAACCUAUCGGAGCAAGAGAAAGCUGGCUCAUUUGCGGCGGGUGAAGAUCGAUAAGUUGCAGGAGAUGGUGCUUAAAUGUUUCCAGGUGCCACAGGCAUCGGUUGAGCAUGUUCAGUCUCAGACGACCACCUCAACUGUGCCCUUCAAUAGCCAGGUUAACGGCUCCCCAGUUCCUAUGAGGGCAACGCCUUCAAUCCAGCUGACAGGGCAGCAGGCUGCUUUACCCUAUCCAGCAACUCCUUACCCUCCUGUCCAAAUGCCCAACAUGGUGCCAUCCUACACAGAUCCAAUAGCGCAGUCGUACACACCAGCAUUUCCUCCGAGACCUGGUCUUCCCCCGAGGACUGGCUUCAUCAUUCAGUGAAAUACUCCAAGUAUUUUUAAAUGUAAAUGAAUAACCCUGGGCAUUUUUCCCUGUUGCUAGAAAUGAAGCUUGUAUGUAAGCACUUUGGUCUUGUACAGGUUUAUCCUCAAGUGUUGAUGGAUUAUUAUAAACUGUUCUUUUUUUAUUAUUAUUAAUUAGUUUUAUCUGCAGUCAGUAUGUCGUUUUUCAGCGGGAAAUGACUUUUAAUUUUGUUAAACGUAUCCAUAAAAUGGUGCAGUCUAAUAUCCAACAAACUAGAAAUCUUACUCUGUCAAGAAAAUAAUCCUUUACAACUCGCACGGACAUUAAAACUAUCGAAUGAUCGCACUAAAUCUGCAAGAAAUGCUAUUUUAUCAUGUCCAAGUUUUACAUAUCACUGAGAGACUGUGGCUAUUUUAAGAUCUUAAGAAGCGCUAAAAAUUACUUAUCUGCAUUUCUAAUAUGUUUUAUUUGCAGUGCUUUGGGGGAAAUUAUGUAAUGAAGGGAUAUGAUAUGCAUUUGUUUUUUAAAAAAAAAAAACCUGCCAUAUUUCAACUAGAAUUUUGGAUUCGACUGAUCAGCAACCAAAGACACUUUCCCUUUCCCUCUGAAGCGGAAGAUUUUUUUUUUUAUUUAGUUUUGUGGUAUUCUGAUUUAAACAUGCUGAAAACAAAACACAUUUUUGCACAUGUGCAGUUAGUCAUUUCCAUUCUGAUCUGCCUUAAGGCUGUAAUGUUACAGUUAAAGGUAGCAUACAAUACCGCAUGAAACUAUGAACACAUCUGAGUCAAAUGCUGAAGAGUUACAGGACUUGCAACGUUGUGACAUUUGUACUAUGCAGCUCUUUCGAAACUUUCCCACUGUUAUUCCAUCCAACAGUGGACGUCUAGGUGUCUGUACAAAGUCAUGGCAAAGUUGUACAGCAUUAAUAUGUUCUAGAUAUAGGCAGGUCUUUGAAUCUGUAUUGACACAAAAUACUGUGUGAUUUUUCUGAUCAGUUUUGUCUAUGAUUAAAUUAUUGAUAAUGAGCAAAAUUUGCUGUGUUCAAAUGAACAGCCAUAACUCAAGUGUGCCUUGAAGAAAAGCUUAGUUUAUUUUUUGUCUCCCAUUGAUAUUCAAACCAUGAGGUAGUCUGUCUCUCUCUCUCUCCCUCCCCCGUGGUGUUUGUCACCUACAGAAGGUAUUAUUAUUGUUAUUGUAUAACGUAAUGCACAGUACAACUCUAUGGUACACUACAUUAGAACACUUAAGUAUAGUAUGUUUUGUUUUCUUUAGUGGUUUGAAAGUAUGUGACUUUUAUAAAAAUGCAAAAUUAAAAAAAAGUCAAGUCUA